AUGGUUGCUACAUCUGUUAAUCGCACUGCCCUGCACCCUGGUGGUGUCCAGCCGGGUAAGAGCCACACUGAGCUCGAGGAGGAGCUUCACGAGCACGCCCACAUCGACUACGACCGAGUCGCCAUCAUUGCCAACCCCUCUGUUGCUGCCCUCUACGAAGAUGCUCUCGUCUACGAGACUGGUACUGCCAUCACAUCCAGCGGCGCCUUGACCGCAUACUCUGGUGCCAAAACUGGUCGCUCUCCCUCCGACAAGCGUGUCGUCAAGGAGGAAUCCUCUGAGAACGAUGUCUGGUGGGGACCUGUCAACAAGCCCAUGACUCCUGAUGUCUGGAGAAUCAACCGUGAGCGUGCUGUCGACUACCUCAACACCCGUAACCGUAUCUACGUUAUUGAUGGUUUCGCCGGAUGGGAUGAGAGAUACCGUAUCAGCGUCCGUGUCGUCUGUGCCCGUGCCUACCAUGCCUUGUUCAUGCGCAACAUGCUUAUCCGCCCCUCGCAAGAGGAGCUCAACCACUUCCACCCCGACUAUGUCAUCUACAACGCUGGUUCGUUCCCUGCCAACCGCUUCACUGAGGGUAUGACCUCGGCCACUUCCGUCGCUAUCAACUUUGCCGAGAAGGAGAUGGUUAUCCUGGGUACUGAGUACGCCGGUGAGAUGAAGAAGGGUGUCUUCACUGUUCUGUUCUACGAAAUGCCCGUCAAGCACAAUGUCUUGACUCUCCACUCCUCCGCCAACGAGGGUGAGAACGGCGAUGUUACCGUCUUCUUCGGUCUGUCCGGAACCGGUAAGACCACUCUGUCGGCCGACCCCAAGCGUGCCCUGAUCGGUGACGACGAGCACUGCUGGACCGACACUGGUGUCUUCAACAUUGAGGGUGGCUGCUACGCCAAGUGCAUUGGUCUCUCCGCCGAGAAGGAGCCCGAUAUUUUCAACGCCAUCCGCUACGGAUCCGUCUUGGAGAACGUUGUCUUCGACCCCAUUUCCCGUAACGUCGACUACGACGACUCCACUCUCACCGAGAACACCCGUUGCGCCUACCCCAUUGAGUACAUCGAGAACGCCAAGAUCCCCUGCAUCAGCGAAAAGCACCCCCAGAACAUCAUUCUGCUCACUUGCGACGCUCGUGGUGUCCUUCCUCCUAUCUCCAAGCUCACCACCGAGCAGACCAUGUUCCACUUCAUCUCUGGUUACACCUCCAAGAUGGCCGGUACUGAGGACGGUGUGACCGAGCCCCAGGCCACCUUCUCGUCUUGCUUCGCUCAGCCCUUCUUGGCUUUGCACCCCAUGCGCUACGCUCGCAUGCUGGCUGACAAGAUCCAGCAACACAAGGCCAACGCCUGGUUGCUCAACACCGGAUGGGUUGGCGCUGGCGCUACCACUGGUGGCAAGCGUUGCCCUCUGAAGUACACUCGUGCCAUCUUGGACGCCAUCCACAACGGUACCCUGGCCAACGUUGAGUACGAGACCUACGAUGUCUUCAACCUGCCCGUGCCCAAGAGCUGCCCCGGUGUUCCCUCUGAGCUCCUGAACCCCAAGAGCAGCUGGACCGCCUCCACCCCCUUCACCAGUGAAGUCAACAAGCUGGCCACCUUGUUCAACGAGAACUUCAAGAAGUACUCUGACGAGGCCACCCCCGAGGUGAUUGCGGCCGGUCCCGUUGUCGCAUAG